UAGAGGUUUCCAGUGAGAAACUACUUCCGGUAUUUUACGCUUGCGCAGGAGAAAUUUCCAGCCGUUUUCAUUCCGAUGUUAUGCAUUUCCACUUGGCCAACGGACUGCAGGAAAAGGAUGGCGACAGCCGCUAUGAGGAGAUUCUGGUCCAGUGGGCGCAGUGAAGCGAGUGGUUCUGCGACGGUGGCGGCAAAGCCAGGGAUGUGGGCGCGACUGGGCACUUGGGCCCGCGCGCUGCUGCGAGAUUACGCCGAGGCGUGCGGAGACGCGGCGGCCGCGGCCCGUGCCCGACCGGGCCGCGCGGCCGUGUAUGUGGGGCUGCUGGGCGGCGCCGCGGCCUGCUGUGCCCUGGCACCCAGUGAGACGGCCUUCGAGGAGGCCUUACUCGAUGCGUCGGGGUCUCUCUUGCUGCUGGCGCCCACCACUCGCAACCGCCACUCGGAAGCGUUUUUGCAACGCCUGCUGUGGCUGAGAGGCCGCGGGCGCCUGCGCCACGUGAACCUGGGACUCUGCUCGCUGGUGUACGAGGCGCCCUUCGAUGCCCAGGCCAGCCUCUACCAGGCCCGCUGCCGCUACCUGCAGCCACGCUGGAUCGACUUCCCCGGCCGGGUCCUCGACGUGGGCUUCGUGGGCCGUUGGUGGGUCCUGGAGAACCGCAUGCGUGAUUGCGACAUCAACGACGACGAGUUUCUCCACCUGCCUGCACACCUCCGCGUCGUCGGGCCCCACCAGCUGCACUCUGAGGCCAACGAGAGGCUGUUCGAGGAGAAGUUCAAGCCGGUCGUGCUCACCGAUGACCAGGUGGACCAGGCGCUGUGGGAAGAGCAGGUGUUACAGAAGGAGAGAAAAGAUAGACUGGCGCUGAGCGAGGCCGCUUCACUGGUGAAAUCCGAGGUUUCCAGAUGAAGCCCAAGGAGCCCCCGCAUCUCCAGGCUCAGGCAAACUGUUGGCCAUGGAUGAUACAGUGGAUGAAAUAGAGAUGAACCGCACUCACUGCGGUUUUGAGGGACUGCUUCCCCAGUAGCUGAAGCUGAUUGAAAGCCUUCCUGGCCUUGGAGAUGGAGCACUUGACUGUUCUGUUUAACCACCAGGGCUAUGAGUAGGGAGCCUGUUUUGUGUAGCCUGUUGUACCUAGGAAUUGUCCUUGAGUGCUUGAGCGCUAGCUUAGCUUAGUCUGGCUUCUGUUCUCAGCACUGCAAAACAAAACAAAAAUGAACUUUUGCUUUGGGGUUAUUGUUUAUUUGAUUGGUUUUUGAGGCUAGGAUUCCCAUAUGGCCUAGACUGCCCCUGAAUCCUGCCUGAGCUCCAGUCCACCACAGUGUACAUACGUAGCCCAUGCGAAAGUCCUGUUCGUGGGCCUACAAAGACAUCCUGAUUGCCAGUGAGUCCCAAGAUGCUAAGAUCGCUCACAUAUUCACAUUCUUUUUCGAGUGUUUUAAGGAAGAUCUGGCUCUGUUGCUCAGGCUAGUCUAGAGUUAGUGGACCUUCCAGGAGCUGAAUAGCUCAAUAUUCAAGAGUACUGACUGCUCUUCCCUAACGGAGGGGAGAGCCUCGAUUCACGUCUCCCUGUCCUCAUAGGGUUUCACAAACAUCUAUAACUCCAGUUCAGGGAAUCCGACCUUUCCCUUCUGAAUUCCUUGGGCACUAGGCAGGUAUGUGUUGUACAGACGUAUGUGCAGACAAAACACACACAUUUAAAAAAAGAUCCUCCUAAACAGCCUUCCAAGGUUGAGACUACAAUCGUGUACCACAGUGGCCAACCUCAGAUGAUUCUUUUUCAGUUGGAGCUGAGAUGUGUUUGUUGUGAGUUUUGGUUUGGUUUGAGACAGGGUCUGGAACUGGCUAUGGAGAACAGUCUGACCUUCAACUCACAGAUAACUGCCUCUGAAAUUUGAAUUUUGUUUUAUUUUUUUGUUUGUUUGAUUUGUCUCUGAGACAUGUUCCUACAGCCCAGACCAGCCUCAUAAUCAGCAUGUAGCAAAGGAUAACCGAAUGAUCCUCUUGACUACAUGUCCCAAAUGGAGGGUGAAGUGUUUCUGUUGUAUCAUUGUUGAAUACAUUUCAUUUGUCUUGUGCUAGUAGGCAAGCCCUGCACCCCUAGUCUUCUUGGGGUUUUUUGUUUUGAUAAUUUCUUUAUGUAGUCCUUGAGGCUCUUCGACUUAGCCUCUCGCUCUCUUUUUUCCCCCCUCCAGGUUUUCAAGGUAAUGUUUUUCUGUAGCUUUGGAACCUGUCCUGGAACUAGCUGCUUUGGAUUCUGUCCUGGAACUAGCUCUUGUAGACCACUCUGCCUCCCAAGUGCUGGGAUUAAAGGUGUGCACCACCACCACCCCACUGACGUAGCUUCUCUUAACUAGUAAUGUUGUAUAUUGUCAGUAUAGGAGGUAGGUAUGGAGGGGAGCAGAUUUUACUGUCUAUGUGUAUGGCAGCAAUUGGAAGCAUGGCAGAAGGCUAGAGUGUAUUCUCCUCCCACAGCCUACAUGUAGUCAUAUGUCAUCACACUGCAGUGACCCUGGAAACAGUUCUGUGGAAAGGAACAAGUUGGGACACACAGGCUGAAUCUGACAAGGUUCUAGUAAUCCAUCUCAAGCUAACAUUAGUCCAGCGCACUGUGAUAGUCAGUAGAAGCAGGACCACCCUUGCUUUGCGUUGUCUGUGGUGCCGCACUUCACUAGCCGCAGUCCUGGCGCUGUGUGUUUUGCCGCUUUCUUCUAUUAUCUGAUGUGCUGACAUUGUGGUAGUUCUUUUGUUUUUUUGAGGCAGGAUUUCUCUUUGGAAACCUGGCUGUCCUGGUGUAUGGUAGUUCUUAAAUCCAGAUCUGGCUAAAUAAGGAUGUUAAUCCACAUCUUAGGGACUGGCAAGGCUGCUUCGCAGAAGAAGGCACAUUCGGCUAAGCCCAACAACCUGAGUUCAUGCCCUGGAACUCACUUGUUAAGAUGAGAGAACUAACUCCUCCAAGUUUCCCUGUGACCUCCAUGCCCACAAAAUAAACUGUAAUAAAGGUUUCUAAAAAGUUCACAUUUUCAGGGCUGGAGGGAUGGCUAGGAAGUUAAGAGCACUGGCUAUACUUCCAGACGUCCUGAGUUCAAUUCCCAGCAACCACAUGGUGCCCUCUCCUGGCCUGCAGGCAGAACACAGUAUACAUAAUAAAUAAACCUUAUUUUAAAAAAAUUCACAUUUUCUCAUUUUAGCUGUUUUAAUUAGCAUAUUUUAAUGAUCUGUAAUAAGAUUCAUUAAAGCAUUUUUUUUUCCUAAGGGUUUCUCUGUAGCUUUGGAGCCUGUCCUGAAACUAGCUCUUGUAGCCCAGGCUGGCCUUUUACUCCUCUGCCUCCUGAGUGCUAGGAUUAAAGGCAUGCGCCACAACUGCCCGGCUAAAGCAUUUUCUUAUGUGCAUAUAAAGUAUUUUUAUUUAUUCACCUUC